GCUUAUUUUCGUGGACAGUUUUUGUGCGGAGUAAAAUCGCUCGUUUAGCCUCUUCAUCUCUGUUAGAAAGCAACUGUGAACACGCUAGCGCGGUUGUUUAUUUAGAUUUUAUUGAAAAACUCGCAAAUAUGUCCGGAAGAGAAGGUGGUAAAAAGAAGCCCCUAAAAGCUGCCAAGAAAGCGACCAAGGAGAUGGAUGAUGAUGAAAUGGCUUUCAAACUGAAGCAGAAAGAAGACCAGAAAGCCUUGGAGGCAUUGAAGACGAAAGCAGCAGGAAAGGGACCAUUAACUGGUGGAGGAAUCAAGAAGUCUGGAAAGAAGUGAUUAUGCAUUUGAAGAUCAUGGAAUCAUUUUGUUGCUGAAUCACAGCCCACGGUCAAAUCCAACCCCUGCUAACCCCUCCCCCUUAUCUUUUCACGUGGGUCCAUUGUAGAAAGAGGAAAAACAUGUAAUGACCUUUUUGAAUAAUUUCCGAUGUGUUCUUGUAAAGAAAGUUCUGAAAGAAAGUAUUGUAACUACUGCAGUAUUUUCACUCAAUCUAGAUUGAGAUUCUGUCAAGAAACACGUCAGUAUUAGAUCAGUAGCUACACUAGAGAUACAAACAUGACAUACAGUACAAAUAUGACUAGUAUUGUGGUAAGAUUUAAUCCCAGUUCAAUGUAACUUUUCCCAAGCUUGGCCAUCUGCAUCUUCAGCACCUGUAUCUCCAAAUUCAGCUUCUCUUGUUGGAGGAGGCUUCUCCAGCUCCAUCACCUCUUCACACACUCCCUCUUGUUGGAGGAGGCUUCUCCAGCUCCAUCACCUCUUCACACACUCCCUCUUGUCCAUGUACAGGGUUCUAUUUCCCAGUCCCCGAACCUGAAAAGGAGUUAUUUUUAUCUACAAUUAUUUUGCUGUGUAGAUGUCUACACAAUAUUUUUUGAAUGUGCUUGGGAGUGAUAUGUGCAUUUGUGUGUGUGGAGUGAUAUGUGUAAAGAUGUUGCCGUUUUGACGAUUUUCUUUGAAAGGAAAGUUUGGGAGAUUCAGAAUAAAGAGCAAUGAUGCUGCUUA